GUGAUUUGAUAUACAUACAUCCCUUACGUAGGGAUCAAUCAAUCAAUCCAUGGCGCGAGUCUCGGCAUCCAGCAGCGCCGGACACAGCAGCGGCAGCGGUACCGCCAACACCAACGCCAACAACAUUCCCACAUCGACCUCGUCUGCACACCCAGACGUCGAUGCCACCACGCUGUCGCAAUCUCUCCCACCGAGUGACGAGCUUCCCGAUACCGACUGGGACGAGGAUGUGAUCGAUACCACUCCACUCCACAUGGACGAUUCGCUCUUUCCGGGAGGUUCACGCGACCUCUCCUGGAUAGGACUCCAAGCAUUCUUCCUCGGCCUCGUUGCCGCCGCAGGCAUCUCAGGGACCAUGAUCGCCAUCAGUCUGCAGUCGACAUGGUGGCGUCUUCCGGCCUUUGCGACCUGUUUGGCAAUUUUCCAUUUCUUGGAAUACUACACCACGGCUCGAUAUAACACGAAUGCCCUCCGAGCCGAGAGUUUUCUGUUGUUCAAUAACGGGAGAGCGUACAACUCUGCGCAUGGACUGGCUACUGUGGAACUCAUCGUCAGUCGCAUUUUUCCGGCUUAUGGUCGGGCUUUGGUCAAUCCCGCAACCAUCGCUAUCGGAGUGGUACUGGUGCUUGUAGGGCAGGCUGUGAGAAGUUUUGCUAUGGCACAGGCUGGGCCGAGUUUCAAUCACGUCGUAGCACGAGAGCACAAGGAGACGCACAAGCUCGUUACUCACGGCUUCUACUCGAUUUUCCGGCAUCCGAGUUACUUUGGCUUCUUUUACUGGGCAAUUGGAACCCAAUUUCUGAUUGGCAACAAAAUCUGUCUGCUUGGUUACAUUCUCGUGUUGUGGAAAUUCUUUCAUUCACGCAUUCAAGGCGAGGAGAAAUUUCUCAUCAGCUUCUUCGGCGACAAAUACGUAGAAUACAGAAAGCGAACCGGGACCAUGAUCCCCUUUAUUCGAUAAAAUAAAAUACCUAAUAUCCAAGCUUAGAUAGAGAGAUCUUGGUUCUGCAUGGCAGGGCAGGCAUACCUUAGGUACCUACGUAUCAAUAGAAAAAGAAAAAUAAAUAAAUCUU